UGUGUGCAGGCAGCUCCACAACUAUGACUGAAAAAAAAAUUAUAAGCAAACAGUAAACCCAGUAGACUAAUACUAUACAGAAGAUCAGGUGGAGAAACAGGUGGUGCACCAUAGAUGAGCAAAUUGAGGAAUUUGAAUCGAGAGUUCAUAUCUAAUUUGAAGACUCAUAAGCUAGUUACUGACGCUAAACGAAACCUCAUUCUUUCUAUAUUGAAGUCUACAACCACUAAGAGAGAAGCCAGAAAUUAUCUUAAUAAAUAUCAGAAUCAGUUUGAUUUUGAUGGGUUAUUGUUUAAAAAUGAUGAUAAUUCUUUAAGAAAACGAGAUAACCAACGAGAAUUAUUUAUACAGAGGUAUUUGAAUUAUCAAAAUCCAUUUAUAAAUAUCUAUGAUGAUGAGAUUAAAAUUAAAAAGAUCCCUUUACGAUUAGCUUUAUUUCGAAUAAAGUUUCCAACUAUUACUGUAGAUGAAUGGAAAGGUAUUUCAGAAACAUUUAAACGUUUGGUCCAUCUAGGUAUUUCACCUGUCAUAUUAUUGGACUAUGAUCAUUUGGUCGAUCAGACUUUCAAAUAUAAUGAAUUAUAUAUGAUUAAUCAAGUUCAUAAAGUUACAAAUUAUCUCGGCGGUCCAGAAGAUAUUGAUGAUGAUAAUGGUUUGAAAACUACCAUAUUAAGAUCCUUAUUCUCACGAGGAGAUAGUAAUUCUACUCCCACUAUAAAUAGUUUGGAACUGUUAUUGAUCCCAUUAUAUCAAGGAAUUAUUCCAAUCAUACAACCAAUAGUAUAUAAUAGCCAAAACUCUCAUCAGGAAUUUAUUAGUACAAACCAACUUCUUUAUGCCUUAACUUCAUCAUUGCUUAAAGACACUUCAAAUUUAUUAUCCAUUGAGAAAAUUGUCAAUAUCGAUCCCAUUGGUGGUAUACCAUCUAUCGAAAGAAACCAAACAAGUCAUGUAUUCAUUAAUCUCUCUCAAGAGUAUUCAGAUAUUGUAUCGGAAUUAUACAUUGGAUAUAUUGAACCACAAUUAAGAGAUUUACAUGUAGCCAAUUUAUCAAGUAUGAAUGAUAUUUUACAGUUAGCAUAUUCCAAAACUGGAAAUGAUGAAACUACCGGUAUAAUAACAACUCCAAGGGUUAUGUCGAUUAAUGAUGAUCAAUUGAAUCCAAUAAUAUAUAAUGUAUUGACUGAUCGACCCAUAAUUUCAUCAUCAUUACCUAGUUCUAAUGGUAGAACUCCUCAAUUAUCUACAUCCAUAGUUAAAAAAGGUAUUGAAGUAAAAAUAUUUGAAGAGUCGGAAUAUUUAGGAGAUCAAUUCACUUUGAAUAAUCUUAUAAAUGAUGGACUAAUUGAUAAGGAGAAAUUAGUAUGGUUAAUCAAUGAUUCCUUUGGUAAAUCUUUAGCUGUUGAUCAGUAUAUUAAAAGAAUAGAUAAAAAUUUGGCAACUUUGGUUAUAGUGGGUGAUUAUGAUGGAGCAGCUAUAAUAACUUGGGAGUAUGAUGAUAAUAAUGAAAAAGUUGCAUACUUAGAUAAAUUUGCCAUUGCCAAGAGAAAUCAAGGUUUACCAGGAAUGGCAGAUAUUAUAUUUAAGAUAAUCUUACAAUCACAUCCAUUUGAAUUAAUAUGGAGAUCAAGAAAGAAUAAUCCAGUUAAUAAAUGGUACUUUGAAAGAUGUAUAGGUUCAAUGAGCUCACCUGAAUCUCAGUGGAAGAUUUUUUAUACUGGUGAAUUGUUUAAUAAGAAGAUUGAUAAGACUAAAAAGAAGAUCAUUCCUGAAGGUACAGUGGGGAUUAAAAGAAAGCUUCAACAAUAUUCGAAGAUUUGUGAGAACAUACCUCCAUCAUUCCCGUAAAUUUCUCUACUUUUAUAUAGGGUAUACAGUUUAAUAUAUAUAAUUAGAGCAUACUAUAAAUAAUAACUAGACUGCAGACUACUGGUUUACAUGUGCUAUACCACCAGAACUUGUUAACAACCACAACUCACUGUUCUAAGUAAAUGUACUCGUGGUUAUUUCAGCUAUCAAAUGAACCAAUUUCUGUAUCCAAACCGUCUGG